AUGCUGGCCGAGUUCCCGUACCUGCCGGAGGAACUCGUCGACAACAUUCUAGUUCGCAUCCGGCCGGAUGAUCCCGCCGGCCUUGCCAAGGCUUGCCUUGGCAGCAAAUACUGGUGCCGGCACAUCUGCAGCGACAAGUUCCUCAGCCGCAACCGCAAGUUGCAUCCGACAGCUGCGUCGCUUGGCUUCCUGGUAGCCACCGAGGCGCGGAGAAAGUCCACCAUCUUCGUCCCCACCUCCACCUUCCAUCUGGAGCCUAGUUCCAUCCCGCGCCGGUACAGGGUCCUCGACGUAUGCCACGGCCGCGUCCUCUUCUACACCAUCUCCAAGGACGGCGAGUCCUCCCUCUUCGUCUGGGACCCCAUCACGAAGGAGGAGCAUGCAGUACGCAUGCCACUGGACGAUCCGGUGGAGGAAGAGUGGAACGCAGCUCUGCUCUGUGGUGAUGACCGCUGCGACGAGCUUAGGUGCCAUGACCACGAGUCCAUGGUGGUUCUCGUGGGCACCUACCAGGAGAAGAUGGUAACCUUCGGCGGCCUCUACUCAAGGGAGCUAGGUAAAUGGAACCAUGGGGACGACGAUGACGACAUGGAGGAUAAACCAGCAGAAAUUGAGCAUCAAGAUGCCGUCGUGGACACGGGGCCUAGCGUUGUCUUGGAUGGUAAGGCCUAUUUUCCUUGCAAGCUGGGAAGAAAGAUCGUUGAGUACGACUAUGGUGCCGACGAAAUCGACUUGGUUGAUGCUCCUAUGUUUGCCUACCGGCGGAUCCCGACUACCAUGCUAAUGACGGCCAGAGACGGCGUCCUUGGAUUCGCAUGCGUGACCCGGUCUAAGCUCAAUCUGUGGUCGAGGGAGGCCACCGGUCCCGGUGGAGCUUUGGCAUGGGAGCUGUACAAAGUCUUGGACCUCACCAAGAUGUCCGGGAUUCCUCGCCUUAUUGGCUCCAAUGAUGAUUUCAUUUGGGCCAAGACAGGUGCCGAGGUACAUGCUGUUAACCGCGAGUCGGGCGAGUUUGCAACGGUGUCCAAAAUUACUAAGAUCAUCAAAGCCAUCCCCUACGCGGCCUUCUGGACUCCAUCUUGCAGGAGCAUCGGUCCGAUGGUCACACCGCCAUGAGGAGGACACCAUGAUCAAUCAGUUUAACAGAGGCUGAUGCUGCUUCAAGGGCAAAACUUCGCUGAUGCUUCCGACUGUGAUCAUGUUCUUUACUUCGACGAGUGAAAUAAUCGCUGCCUAGUUUAGUUUUAUUUCGAUAUCCUGAACAAUUGGUUGUCUCUUUUUAAUUUCUAUAAGAGGCAUGUAGCCUCAAAUUUGUGUGUUUGGUUUACAACAUUUCCGUGUCGUACUUUGUCUAAUGCAUGCUUUAUUUCGUGUUUUA